UUUAACACUGUCCAGUUGAGAAAUCAGUUACCCCAAAAAGAAUCCAGUUGAGAAAUAGGUACACGUCUAUAAAUACCUCUAUUUCCUACUACAUUGAUCACUACCAUACCUCUCUCUCUCUCUCUCUCUCUCUCUCUCUCUCUCUCUCUGAGUUUGAUUCCAUUAUUGCUCUCACUUUCUUUGUCUUCUUCUGCGCAAACUAAGCAAUGGAUAGGAAACAAAUUGCACUGAUUUUGUUCUCUGUAUUGAUGGUUGUUUCACUUGCAGAAAAGCUCCAGGCAUCUGACCUACAAAUUGAAGUGUCUCAGCUCCAAGGGAACAACCAACUGUAUGGAGUCACCCAAGGCAGCCUCAGACCUCAAGAGUGCGGAGGGCGGUGCGCGGGUCGGUGCUCGAAGACGGCGUACAAGAAGCCAUGCAUGUUCUUCUGCCAGAAGUGUUGUGCUAAAUGCCUGUGUGUGCCUCCGGGAACCUAUGGAAACAAGCAGGUUUGCCCUUGCUACAAUAACUGGAAGACCCAGAGAGGAGGACCCAAAUGCCCUUGAAAGUGGAAAUUAACACAACUACUCCUGGCUACCUACCUUAACCUACCUUGCUUGUAUUAUGCUUAUCAUUCUGUUUCCUGCACAUUUAAUUCUAUGUCCUUGAAUUGAUUUCUAUUUAAUCAUAAUUGAAAGUAUUUAAUAGCUCGAUAUAAA